AUGGAUGGGCACGACUCAAAAAAACUGAUAACUGAUGCUACUGAACUUGCCAGGAAGCUAGAGCUUGUCGAUCGAUCUCAGGAGGAUACCUGGAAAGGGACGGAGCGCUUAGACAACAAUCGGUUCAGCCCAUUGAGCUGGUGGUCACUUCCUGAUACCAAAUACCGUCUGGUGCAGUCGUUUGCGAAGCUACUAUUAUCAAUACCGACAUCGUCAGCUUCUAGUGAGCGCAGCUGGAGCAUCCACGGAUUUAUUUACACUAAACUGCGCAAUCGCCUUACUCCUGAGCGGGUUAGCAGACUCGUUUUCGUGUACACCAAUAUCGCUCGGAAAACUGAACGACGAUAG